AUGAACGCGGCGUCGAUUGCCUACCUACGGGACCGGGAUCGGAAUAGCCGGCGAUCGUCGAUUAGCGAGAAUUCUUUUCAGCUCCAUCAUGUCCUACUCACCGAAUCCACCUGGCAGUCGGCCUUUUUGCGCGGGGUCCCCGGACCAACGGAAGCCGAUCGUGGCAGCAGAACGCCAAGAACGUCAAAAAUUGCUGUUUUCACGUAUCAUAUCAAGUGGCUCUACGACAAAUCGCGAAUACACUACCUCGCCCCCAUCUUCAUCUUGACCCUCUAUUCGCUACUUGGUGGCUGGAUAUUUUACAAGAUCGAGGGUCCAAACGAGGGGAUAUUGAUACAGGAAAAGAGCACUUUCAUCGAACGUGAGAAGGACGAGCUGUUUUCGAUUGUUACACAUAUCAGGGAACAUCUCUCGCUGUUGAAUGCCUCUUAUGGAUAUAACACUCGAAAAUACAACAUCCACAAGCGAAGUUAUCGACAUUGGGCGAUGAAUCGGCUACGAACGAACGUCUACUGGUACACGCUGAGCAUGUACUAUCUGACGGAGCACGAGGCGCACAAAGCGUUGGCGCUUCGGCCGAGGAACCCGGAGACGAUGUGGAAGGAGUACUUUUCGAACAAUUAUGGCCGGAUACAUGCGUUGCGGAAUUAUACGGAACAGCUAGCCAAACGCUGCUGGGAACUCGGCGAAGAUUCGUUCCUCAACUCCACCCGAGAAGCCGUCGACGUCAAGCUGCGUGGGCUGGUGAACAACGCGACACAACGAUUCGAAGUCCUCACCGGCUUGCAUAAUGUGUUAUCCCCGGUCUGGCGAUACUGGAACGCAAUGUUCUUUGCGGUCACGACCUAUACCACGAUUGGAUAUGGGAACAUCACCGCAAAAACGCGACUCGGAAGGCUAGCUGCUAUGGUCUAUGCCGUCAUCGGAAUUCCUCUGAUGCUGAUGAUAUUGCAUAAACUCGGUAGAAGCUGUCUGAACGUCUUGGACAAGUUUUGGGACUAUUGCUUACGGGCGUUUGACUUCAUCUUCUGCACCGCCUAUUCCUACCGCCAGAAAAACAGCGACCAGGAUCGAAUCACCGAAAUGCCGUUAAUUCUGGCCAUUGGAGUCGCCUUUGGUUACAUGUUCUUCUGCGCGGCCAUUUUCCUCUAUUUUGAAGAGGACUGGGAUUACUUCAAGAGUUUUUACUUCUUUUUCUGCUCACUGACGACGAUAGGCUACGGAGACGUCACUCCGACAAAUUCCGAGGACAUGUUCACCAUCUUCUUUUUCAUCCUGAUUGGACUGUCAUUAGUGUCGAUGUGCAUCAAUGUGAUCCAGUUGAAGCUGGAGAAGCUGUUUGAGGAGAUGCUACUCAUGAUGGUAGAGGAAUACAGCGUUGAUCCGGAUGCCGGGCCGAUGAGGGGAGAGCGAUUGAGUAUGCUCGAUAUGUGGAGAUUAUGGAGACGUCGCAAUGAGCGUCUUCAGAAGGAGAAAAAGGAGAAUAGGGCUAACUUGGCGUUGGCAAAAGCUUCCAAUGCAGCGGCGACGGCGGCUCGAGAUGCGGCCAAUCGAGCUGGAGAGAGCCUGGCGAAUGUAUUCCCCUUCAUGCGACGACGUGAACGUCAAGUCAUCAUCGAACAGAUCAGCCACCGACUUCGACAAACCGACAAGUCAACCCAAACCGAUAUGCCCUGGUACCUAGCUCCGGUUUUUGAGGAGCCAGCCACAGAAACUUCCAGCCUAGGCUCACCUCCGACUCCGACCUUACGAUCCAAAGGAAACCUACUAGCGACCCGCGCCGAACCGGAAGCAUUCUCGGCAUUGACCUCGUUGAUGCCGUCGAGUCGUGAGGAUUCGCCGGUGCCAAAUAGCAGUCACGAAAGCCUGGGGAUACCCUCGUUGUCGGCUUCAAACUCGAUUCUAUCGGAGCCGAUCGAGGGUGGCAACAUCGGGCCCGGUGGGGUGGUUUUUCCACCGAAUUUCGACCCGAAUCGGCGGUGGACAUUUGUGGAAACUGGGAAGCUGCCUAGAGGAGCCCCCAGAGGCCUCAUCGUCCCCGCUACGCUGCACUCCAGCCAGCCCCAAGUCCAACAGCAACCCUCCGAGGUGCAACGCCUCAUCGCAGAACUCGACGCCCGCCUCCGUUCCGCCCGCGCAAUCCUCACCCCCUCCCCUACACAACUAGCAACGAUUCUUUUUUGUGAGCUUCCGGGAGCCGAGCCUCGACGACGCACGGCUGUCCGACAUGGAUCUCGUCUCCCUGGUGGCCCGGUACAA